CCGCUCGAUCUACCUGGAGACACAAACCUAACCAGAGAAGACGAGAUGGGAAUAAGGUCGAGGAGGAGAGCUAGAGCGCCAGCAGCCGAUCCGCCGUCCCGCCGCCGCCGCAGGAAGGACGUGCAGCAUGUGCGUGGCCUUCCUUGGGAGGCGGAGCGGAGGGACUGGGCGGCGCUGCCCCGCGACGUCCUGUGGAUCAUCCUGAGCCUGGUCCCGCAAGCCGACGUCCUCCACGGCGCGGGCCGCGCGUGCGUCUCGUGGCGGCGGCUGGCCCUCGACGAGUCGCUGCUGUGGCGGCACAUCGACCUCGCCGCCGACGAGGACUCGGGCUCAGACUCAGACCCACUGGCGGGCUGGCAGGUGAUGGCGCGCACCGCCGUGCGGCGCAGCGGCGGCCGCUGCGAGUCCUUCCGCGGCCGCGUCAGCAGCACCUUCCUGCUCUUCCUCGCCCGCACGGCGCCAUUGCUGCGGAGCCUCCACGUGACGUGCCGGUACGACAUUGUCAGCAGGCACUUCAUCCAUGCGGUGGCGAAGCAGCUCCCUCUGCUGGAGCAGCUCGUGCUGUCGGGCGGCAGGAUCGAGCGAGCCUCGUUGGCCGCUCUCGUCAAGCACUGGCCGCGCCUCCGGCUGCUCCACGCCGGCGGCUGUCACACCUGGAGCCCGAUUGACAAGAGUUUGCGGGAGAGGCUUGAGGGUAGGAUCGAGGAUCUCCGACUUCCAUACAGCCGCACCGUAGGGCGUUAUCUCGGUCCUAUCGCUAGUGCUCGGACGGGACGUUUGCGCGUGUCAGUCAGGCCCUGAACUGCAUACAUGAAUAUAACUGAAGUUCAGUUACCUCAAGUCUUAUUUACCGGUUCAGCGACAAGGCCACACACCUGUUGAUUUCCUCGACCGUUCCCCUUCUCUUACGGUAGUACUAUCGGGUCCGACUAUGUCACAUCUAGAUGUGAGAUAAUACAUCACAUCUAACUAUGAUAUCGGCCCAC